AUGCAGGGCAGACAUUCAAAAAGCUCCAAUUUGCACUUUCCUGGCCCAAUGCUGUCUUUUAAUAACAUCCGAUAUGUGGUGAAUACAAAAAAGGCAUUCUGCAUCCAGGGAGAAGGAAGAGAAAUCCUGUGUGGUGUCAGUGGUGUGAUGAGACCCGGCAUGAACGCUAUCCUUGGUCCAACAGGGAGCGGCAAGACAUCGCUUCUAGAUGUUUUGGCAAACCGGAAGGAUGCAAAAGGACUCAAAUCGGGUCAAAUUCUAUUGAAUGGCCAACCCGUGAACUCAAACUUUCACCUCCAGUCUGCUUAUGUUGUCCAGGAUGAUAUUCUGAUGGGAACGCUGACUGUAAGGGAAAAUCUGGAGUUUUCAGCCAAUCUUCGGCUGUCUCGAAGAAAGUAUACAUUUGAGGAGAAGCAAGAAAAAGUGAACAAAGUCAUCCAUGAACUUGGCUUACAAGACUGUGCCAAUACCAAGAUUGGCACAGAAUUCAUCCGAGGAAUAUCCGGAGGAGAGCGGAAACGGUGCAGCAUUGGCAUGGAGUUAAUCACUUCACCCUCCCUCCUCUUCCUGGAUGAGCCAACCACAGGCCUCGAUGCAAAUACAGCUGGUUCCAUCAUGCAGCUGCUUCAUGGAUUGACCAGACAAGGGAAGACCAUAAUAUUCUCAAUCCACCAGCCUCGGUAUUCUAUCUAUAAACUGCUGGAUUAUAUAACGUUGAUGAGCAAAGGAGACAUUGUAUAUCAAGGUCCAGGUGCAGAAACUAUUGACUACUUUAAAGAGCUUGGAUAUCAAUGUGAGCCUUACAACAACCCCUCUGAUUUCUUCUUGGAUGUUAUUAGUGAAGCAUCAUGCCUUGAAACUCCAAAUCCAGAGGUUGUGGUCACUUCUCAGCAAGCCAUGGAUCCCAGCACAGAAAAGAAUAUCUUGACCCAACAUUUUCAACAGUCUAAGUAUUAUGACCAAAUCAAUAAUGAACUCAAGUCCUUAUCUGUGCCAAAUGUCUCAAAGUUUUCAACGCAAGUAAAACAUUCAUACGCUACUCCUUUCUGGUAUCAGCUAUACAUCAUGUGUAACAGAACCAUGAAAAACCUUUGCAGAAAUCCUCAGACCUCAGUGGUUCAAGUGUUCAUGAUGAUAACCUUUGGAAUCUUGAAUGGUCUGAUAUAUUAUCAAAUACCAGACACAAUGCCAGAGGCUUUGCAGAACAGAAUUGGCGCAUUCUUCUUCUUGAUAAUCAAUCAGGUUUUUGGCAAUCUUUCAGCUGUGGAAAUCUUCAUACAAGAAAAGGCACUCUUUUUACAUGAAAAGGCAAGUGGCUAUUAUCGCACCUCAGUUUACUUCCUGUCCAAGAUUCUGGCCGAUGUGAUUCCCAAUCGCAUUGUGCCUGUUCUCGCCUUUGCAGCUGUCGCCUAUUUUAUGAUGGGACUGAAACAAGAAGCUGCAUCUUUUUUCUUGUUCUGCUUGACUCUCAGCCUCACCAGUUUGUCAGCGGUGAGUUUGGCCUUCUUUGUGAGUGCAAGUGUCAAGACCUUUGCACUCGCCAACGCCCUGAUCGCCAUCCCAUACGUCUUCAUGAUGGUUUUUGGUGGAUUUCUGGUGAACUUAAACAGAAUGUUGCAGUGGCUUUCAUGGUUGAAGUGGAUCAGUAUAUUCCGUUAUGGACUGAACGCACUCAUGAUCAAUGAACUAAAGGGACAGAUAUUUUAUAAUAACACAACAAAAGUUCCUGGAGAAAUGUACAUGAUUGAACAAGGUAUUGACUUCAGCACCUGGGGCUUCUGGCAAAAUGAAGUUGCACUUCUGUGUAUAAUGGCAAUAUUCUUGUUUCUAGCUUUAAUCCAACUUAUAAGAGUUAACAAGUAG